CGAGAAUCACCAUUCUGUUUUUCUAUAUCUUUUUGUUCUUUCAGUUUGGUGGUGAAUACUUUCUAUCUGCAUAACAAUUUCCAUCUCUAGAAACACAAAUCAAUUUUGCAUAAAAAUACAGAAAAUUGAAUUGAUCGGUUCCAUUUUGUUGAAACAUGGGAGAUCAAAUGGCGAAAGCAGAGGAUUUUGAGAAUAAGGCAGAAAAAAAGCUGAGCAGUUGGGGCAUGUUUGGUUCCAAAUUUGAGGAUGCUGCUGAUCUAUUUGAUAAAUCUGCCAAUUCCUAUAAGCUCUCCAAAUCAUGGGACAAAGCAGGAUCCACUUACAUUAAGUUGGCAAAUUGCCAUUUGAAGUUGGAAAGCAAGCAUGAAGCUGCCUCGGCUUAUGUUGAUGCUGCACAUUGCUACAAAAAAGUUAAUAUGAAUGAUGCUGUAUCUUGUUUAGACAAUGCUGUAAAUAUUUUCUGUGACAUUGGAAGAAUUUCUAUGGCGGCUAGAUAUUUGAAGGAAAUAGCUGAACUAUGUGAGUCCGAACAAAAUAUUGAGAAGGCCCUGGUUUACUAUGAAAAAUCAGCUGACUUUUAUGAAAGCGAGGAAGUGACAACAUCUGCAAACCAGUGCAAGCAAAAAGUUGCUCAAUUUUCUGCUCAGCUAGAACAAUAUCAGAAAUCGAUUGAAAUUUAUGAAGCAAUAGCUCGCCAGUCUCUCAACAAUAACUUGUUGAAGUAUGGAGUUAAAGGACAUCUUCUUAAUGCUGGGAUAUGUGAACUUUGUAAAGGUGACGUUGUUGCUAUUUCCAAGGCUUUAGAACGAUAUCAGGAAUUGGAUCCAACGUUUUCAGGAACACGUGAAUAUAAACUCUUGGCGGAUGUUGCUGCUGCGAUUGAUGAAGAAGACGUUGCAAAGUUUACCGAAGCUGUCAAAGAGUUUGAUAGCAUGACUCCUUUGGAUUCUUGGAAAACAACACUUUUUCUGAGGGUGAAGGAAAAACUGAAAGCCAAAGAACUUGAGGAGGAUGAUCUUACUUGAACUGUGUCUUAGUUUUUGUGUUGGUUGGACUUCAUGUUUGAUUAUAUUUGUUUUGCAUUAUAACUGUCUAUGCAGUUGUUCAUCUUACAUAUUACUGAUACCGUGAAAAGUUAACUUUCCAAACA